AUGAACUCAAGACUCCGACCACGCCAAUCAACAACAUCGAAAAUAGUAACGACAACGCCGGCGAAAUCGCGAGCCGAGCGUUAUGCUGGACGCAAUAAAACGCCGAGAAAUUUGGGAAAAGUUGUUAAAUCCGUCAUUGAAUACCCGAAAGAAGUUGAAUCAUCAUCGUCGUCCUCUUCAGAUGAAUCUGGAAGUGAAUAUAACGAAAAAGAUAUUGAAAUAAUUAGCGACGAUGAUGUAUCGAGUGAGAUGGAAAUUGACGAUGAUGACAAAGAAAAUCGAUGUAUUGCAUCAAAAACUAGAAAAUCAGCCGUGGAAAAUCAUGCAGCCAAAACUUUUGCCAAUCUAACACUCGAGAAUGAAACCCGAACCCCUAGAAGAAUUUUACGCUCUACUCCUGCCCGCAAAAAUCAGGGUGCUUUGUGCUCAUCGUCAACGUCUUCAUCAAUCAAUUCGGAUUCCGAUGAAAUUGGCGAUGAUAUAAUGGAAUGUGUCGAAAGAGCCCAACGAAGCACACGAAGAAAUCCGUUAGGAAUAAUAGCAACACCAAAUAGUGCUUCGAGAAAGAAAACAGCACCGAUUAAAUUGAAAAGCACCAAAACUCCAGGAGGAUCGAAGCGAUGGCAGAUUGAAAAAAAAUGCGAAGAUGAGAAACCGGCAGCUCCAAUAAGAAAAGUUGUAAUCAAGCUUCGUGAGCCGCUAACCGUCGCUGAAAAGCUUAGAGAUCUGUCAUGUCGUUUGCAUCUUUCCGAGGUGCCCACCGAAUUGCCUUGUCGCGAAAAAGAAGCUGCCGAUGUUCGCCGAUUCAUCGCUGACGCCAUCCAUCCGCUAUAUGGAGAGAGUGGAGCAAUGUAUAUCGGAGGAACAACAGGAACUGGAAAAACCGCUACCGUUCGAACGGUGGUUGAAUCAAUGCUGAAGAAUCCAAAAACACCAAAGUUUGUUUAUGUCGAAGUGAAUGCAAUGAUAUUCCGCAAGAAAAUAUUCACAGAAAUCUAUAAUGGCAUUCAAGAGAAAUAUGCGAUUUCAUCGAAACGAAAUGUCACUUCGAAUAUCGCCCCGGCGACAGCUCGACGAGAAUUGAACACGGUGCUCCGGAAGGCUGACAAACAUCGUCCGCCUAUUGUGAUUCUUGUCGAUGAGCUUGACGGAUUAGUCAAUCGCAAACAGGAUAUUCUGUAUGACAUUUUCGAUUGGACCGCCGUUCCAGAAGCUCGUGUAACUGUGAUCGCCAUCUCGAAUACUCUUGAUUUCCCUGAACGAAUGCUAUGUCAGAGGAUAUCAAGCAGAUUGGAUAAGCGGCGAUUGAUUUUCCAUCCGUACGAUCACGAGCAAAUCACCCACAUUAUUCAGUCACGAUUGAGUGGAUCGGAUGUCGUUGAUAACCACGCGGUUAUUUUGGCUGCGAGAAAAGUAGCAUCUAUCAGUGGAGACUUAAGACCCGCGUUGGAUGUGCUCAGGCGCGCUAUUCGGAUUGCACUGGAAACGAAUGCUCAGACGCUGUGUGCUGAGCAUGUGCUAUUGGCGCAGAAGUUGAGUAUGGAGCCGUUGAGGAGCCGCAUCAUUCGAGGAUUGAGACCGCACAAGCUAAUGCUUUUUAGAGCAGUUUUAUCAAUUAUGCAAGAUGGAAAUAAGGAGGAGACGAUUUUCGCCGACGUCUAUAAAAUUUAUUCGGUCAUUUGUAGUCAAUUAUCCGGUCUUGAGCCGAUUUCUGACUGCGAAGCCUAUGAGAUGAUUCUUCAAAUGGCGCGUAGCAAUUUAUUUGUGCUCUCCACUGGAAAUUGUGGAAAUUUACGUCGAAAAAUCAAAUUGGGAAUGACGACGCAUGAAGCCGAGACAUGUGUGAAACUGGUCGAAGAUGACCAUAAAAAGACAUUAUAG